AUGCAUCUCCAAAUCUUCCUCCAAGUUCUGCUCCUAGUAUCCUCCUCAACCGCCCUCUCCGCUGACGCCUCAACCAUCCCCUCUUCUUAUUCCUCCUCCCCAACUUCAAUUGACAAGCCGAACCUCAACCCCCGUCUCUCCUGGGACGACAUCGUCAACGGCGCCAAGAGUUUGUACUCGCAAGCCAUGGCCACCCCUACAAGCACCACCAUCGAGGUCCCCUCAAGCACCUUAAGCACCUCGCCAACGGCAGCAACCCAUGGAUAUCAGGAGGAGAGCGAUGGAUACAAUAACAACAAGGAUAUCCCUGACAAACCAUCGGAAAACAUCCCAUCGACACCUGGCAAUGCGCUUCGUUCUUCUCCUCUCCUUGUUGGCAUCUGGCCUUCCCGGCCUGCCUUUUGGCGCCGCCACUCCGCUUCCAUUCACCAGUUCCUUGAGCCUGAAGGAGCGCACCUCGAAAUCCCUGCACCCGAAACAAGAGUUCCCAAGCACGAUCUCAAGUCUAAUGUCAAGAACCACGCUCCAUUGCCGAACACGGUCAAGAGAUCAAAGGAUACGCCCCUCCCGACAAGAAGACAGCAAAAAGGUUCAGCCGUCGAAGCGAAAUCCUCGAUCGCGCCAGACGAAGAGCCAAGGGCAUGGUACAGCCUCAGCAGCCGAAGUGCUGAUGUCGACAAUGUCGAUUCCCACCUGACCACACGCGCCAGCACUCCCGAUUCAGCCAAGGACCCUGACUACAACAAAACGAACGGGUACUGGGUGCCUAUGGAACCCGUGUAUUAUGUCCUUAUGGGCAUGGGUAUCGUUCUUGCUAUACACCUUGUCUAUCUCCUUGUGCGGUGUCUUGUCGGUGGGAAGGAUACUGUCAAGUAUCUGAAAACGUGGCAGGGGACGGUAAAGAAGCAUUGGGCAAGAAAGGCUGAGAGGAGGACGGCGAAAAACGAAGUGGUGGCUCCAGCUUAAGGUGCAAAGGAUCAAGCGGUGCAGGACAUGCGUGGGUUUUCACUUGGAUAUGGUUUGUUUGUCGUUUACCGGGGGAUAUGGAUCAUCUGGUAUGAUUGCCACCGGGCUGAGUCUCGUCUGAGGCUAGUGGUGUUGGAUCUUGGAGCAGUAACGUAUACAACGCGGUCUUGGUAGAGAAUGAAGAUGAUUGUGAAGCGGAGACGUGG